CAAUCAGGUGGCGGCAUACAUGCGCUGUGUGGCAACCACAGCGCUCGAGCUGUCGCUGAGAUCAACAAGCCCCUGUUUUGAAGCGGUUUCAUAAACACGCGCACACACACACACACACGGGGCUCCCUGAUGUCAGCCGCGAACCGUUACUCCAGCCUGACACGUUAAACCCGCAGGUACCUCCAGGACCCAGGACCUCCUCUGCGCUGGAACUUUCACCGCAACUAGCUCUUCGUUUACCCGGUUUUCCCACUUGAGAAGCUUUUGCGAGCAGCGUUGAACUAACGAUAAUUCGUGCCGCUUUAUUUGUCGCGGCGUAAGGUCAAGAACGGAAUAGAUAAAGACUCGUAGGUCGUUUAUUCUGUAACUUAUUCGCAAGCGAAUGUAGAUUUUGUCCUUAUAUAAAGGAGUCAACAAACAACUUAUUUUCAAUAACGAAUUGAUUAACCGAUCUACCGUAAACCACCGAGGAGCGAUCGUAACCUACCGAAGAACUACCGUCACCCGACGAAGAACAACCGUAACCGACCGAAGAACUACCGUAAUCUACCCCAAAACGACCCUAACCAACCAAAGAACUACCGUUACCCACCGAAGAACUACCUUAAUCUACCGAAGAACUACCGUAACCUGCCGACGGCUGUCAGCUGUCACCGCGGCGGUCCAGCCCCUCUCAGCACCCAUCAGCUCUGUCUCAGCACCGGGUCGUGCAGCACUCGGACCCUCGGACCUCAGGCCGAACAGAAGCAGCCAGGCAGCGGGUCGUGAAGCACUGAGUCCUGCCUCGGAUUGUUUUAAUAUCGGUGUUAUUGUUGAAAAUGGCGUCGUUCGGAAUGGUGCAGAUGUUGAUCGAAGCAGCCGAGUACCUUGACCGCAGGGAAAGAGAAGCGGAGCAUGGCUACGCCUCGCUGCUGCCCUUCACCAGCAGUAAAGAGAGGGACAACCUCAAACGCAAGAGCAAGAGCAAGAAGAACACAAGUAGCAGGUCUACGCACAACGAAAUGGAAAAGAACAGACGGGCUAACCUACGGCAGUGUCUGGAGCGGUUGAAGUCUCUGGUCCCGCUGGGUGCGGACACCAGCAGACACACCACCCUCAGCCUGCUGAUGAAGGCCAAGGACCACAUAUCGCGGCUGGAGGACAGCGAGCGGCGGGCGCAGCACACCCUGGAGCAGCUGCAGCGGGAGCGCCGCCACCUGCGGCGGCGGCUGGAGCAGCUGGGGGUGGAGCGGACGCGCAUGGACAGCACCGGCUCCACCCGCUCCGACGACGACGACAAGUCCGACUCGGACCAGGAGGACCUGGAGGUGGACGUGGAGGGCACCGACCUGCUGCUCGGGGACCUGGAGUGGAGCUCCAGCAGCGGGGGCGAGUCGGGGGACGAGCGGGGCAGCCCGCGGGGCAGCAGCUGCAGUGACGAGGGCUACUCCUCCGCCAGCCUGCGCCGACUGCAGGACUCCCUGGAGGAGGCCAAGCAGCUAGGCUGCAGCCUGUAGGGGCCCCCGGCACGGCCCCCGGCUCGGCCCUCGGCACGGCCCCCGGCACGGCCCCUGGACCCCAGACCCCCAGAACCCCAGACCCCUGGACCCCAGAACCCCAGACCCCUGGACCCCAGAACCCCUGGUCCUCCUCUCUCCUCCCCCUCCCCCAACCAGCCUGGACAAGUUCACCAUCACCAAACACCAGACAGUCCAAGCUGCCACCCACCACCUCCACCUCCACCAACUCCACCACCUCCACCUCCACCAACUCCACCACCUCCACCCUCAAUGAGAUCCGGAUGAGUCCCCCCCCGCCUGCCCUCCAACGGCGCAUCCGUGCGCAGAAUGUCACACACACACACACACACACACACACGCACACGCACACACCUGUCUGUCAAGAUUGAUAAAGCCCAGUCCUUCCCUUCGACCGCAGCUAUCACCCCCCCCUCAGUGACUCGUCUGCUCUGCUCAUGGGUCCGGCGGCAGCCGCCGCAGGUUCGAUGUUCGAUUCGGCAGCAAUACGUCCUCCUCUGUGACCUCUGACCCCUGGGACGGUGCAGGGGCGGGGGGGGGGGGGGGGGGGGGGGGGGGGCAGGAAACAC